AUGUCCAGCCUUGUUGGAUCUGAAGUCAUUGUCGACCAUGAGUGUGACCGUCGAUAUGUUUGACAUAUGGCAUAUCUCCUUUUACAUCAUUCCAAUUAAACGUAGAACAUGGAAUGUAUGAUUUUUUUAAAAUACAAAUCUGUGCAAUUCUUUUUAAGAAAUAAUAAAUAAAAAUAAAUUGCAAAAAUGAAGCUAGUAGGAAAAAAUAUUGACAAAGAUGGAGAAGGGAGUGUAUCCCUUGUCCCUGAGAAUACUGAAGAUAUGUGGCAUGCAUAUAAUGUUAUUAGUGAAGGUGAUUUUGUUAGUUGUUCUACUAUAAGGAAGGUGCAAACAGAAUCUGCAACUGGAAGUUCUAAUAGCUAUAGAGUUAGAACUACCCUUACUAUAUGUGUAGAAGGUAUUGAUUUUGAUACACAGGCAUGUGUUUUAAGAUUAAAAGGUAGAAAUGUAGAAGAAAAUAAAUAUGUUAAGACAGGAGCAUAUCACACACUGGAUGUUGAACAGAACAGAAAAUUUACAAUUACUAAAGCAAAAUGGGAUUCUAUUUCUUUAGAAAGAGUUGAUACAGCAUGUGAUCCUACACAGAAUGCAGAUGUUGCUGCUGUGGUAAUGCAAGAGGGUAUAGCACAUAUUUGUUUAAUAACUUCUAAUAUGACAAUAGUCCGUGCAAAAAUAGAUCAAGUAAUUCCUAGAAAAAGAAAAGGAAAUGUUUCACAGCAUGAAAAGGGUUUAACACGAUUUUAUGAAAGUGUUAUGCAAGGAAUCUUGAGACACAUCAAUUUUGAUAUUGUGAAGUGUGUUAUUCUUGCUAGUCCCGGAUUCGUUAAAGAUCAGUAUAUGGAUUAUAUGGUACAGCAAGCCGUUCAAUCAGAUAACAAAAUAAUACUCGAAAAUAAAAGCAAGUUUCUGCUUGUGCAUUCUAGUUCUGGUUUCAAACAUUCAUUGAAAGAAAUUUUGGCUGAUCCUGCGGUUGUUUCCCGGAUUUCUGAAACAAAAGCAGCAAGUGAAGUAAAAGCUCUAGAAACAUUUUUCACGAUAUUACAGACUGAUCCUCCCAGAGCAUUUUAUGGGAAAAAGCAUAUUCAGAAAGCCAAUGAAGCUCAAGCUAUUGAAACCUUACUCAUCUCAGAUAAAUUAUUUAGAUGUCAAGAUGUCGCUACAAGAAAAGAAUAUGUUGAAAUAGUCGAAAAUGUGAGAGAAUCUGGCGGGGAAGUGAAGAUUUUUUCAAGCUUACACGUAUCCGGUGAACAGUUGGAACAAAUUACUGGAAUAGCAGCUAUACUACGUUUUCCUAUGCCGGAAUUAGAAGAUGAAAGCGAUGGAGAAAGCGAUGUAGAGAGCGAUGAUUAAAAACGCGAUAUUAAUACUUUAACAUACAACUUUGUAUAUAUUUGUGCUGUGCGCAAUCAAAAAUAUAUUAAUAACGAAAUUGAAAACCAA